CUGUCGGAUUCUGAUGUCUCUCGGUUCAGACUCAAGUAUAGGGUUUUAGAAAAACUCAGGGACACCGGCUUUUGCAUUAGCUAGUUCUUUUUCUCCACCAACAAUGGGUAAAGCUAAAAAAGGACCCAAAUUUGCGGUUAUGAAGAAAGUUGUCACUUCCAAAGCAAUCAAAAAGUCAGUUUUUUCUUCCUUAUAUAUAUCCCUUUGUUCUAAAGGAAAAGUUAUCCAGAAACAUUCCAAGUCAUUCCUCGGCCCUUUUUUUCAAUACAAUACUGCAUUGGGACCCCCUUACCGUAUUUUAGUGGAUACCAACUUCAUCAAUUUUUCCAUCCAGAAUAAAGUGAGUUCUGCUGCUUAUUUCAUUGUCCUUUUCUUUGUCCAAUUAAUUUACAAAAACAUUUUGUUGCAGCAUAAGUGCUACAUUGUUGCAACAUGUGAUCGGGACUUGAAGAGGAGGAUCCGGAAGAUUCCUGGUGUGCCAAUUAUGUACAUCACCAAACACAAGUACUCAAUUGAGCGAUUGCCUGAAGCAACAAUUGGUGGAGCACCAAGAAUUUGAUGCAGUAGUAAAACUGGUAAAGCUGCAUACACCAAUAAUCUUAAUACUGAUUGCUAGGUUGAGGAGCAUGAAAUCCUGUCACCAUUCCAUGCGUGUUUGGUCCUUUUGCUGGCCGUGGAUUGAAUUCUGAUGGAAGCUUUUCUCUGAACAAGAAGCAACUCUUCAAUUUUGAUACAUGAAACUUACCUACUUUAGCUUGGGAGAUUUGGAUUCCGUCAAAUUUUGUUUUCCUCGUGUUGCGUUACUAAUGUAUCAUUGUGAACCUUGGAGUUCCUAAACUGUGAUGGUAUAUUUUAAUAUUUCUAGCCACAUAAAUUAGUUGAAGUGAUAUAUCCACAUAUCUAUAUAUAUUGAAAGAGAAAAAAAGUCUAUUUUCCUUGAAACUAA